CGCCAACUGCAGAAUUUCGAAAAAACCGGCACCAACAAGCAGGGACGGCAAUUCCUGAUUGCCGAGUUUGGUGAAUGGCCUGCCGAUCGUGCUGCUCUAGACGCCCAGGAGGUCAACCGACUGAUUGCCAUUCAAGAUGAGUUCAUCCGCACUGGUUACUACCCGGGUGAUGCGAGGGCUCCGGAAGAUACGAAUGAUCAACCCGGUGGCGGCAGCGGUGGUGAUGGCGAUGCUGGCACGCGGCCCAAACCUACCUCCUUCUUUUGCCGUUUUCCGGAUAACCUGCGCACCCUGGAGGAAGCCCUUGCCGAGCCCAAGAGGCGCGAUUGUAAAGAGGAGGAUGGUGGCGCAUCAGAUUUGGCAGUCGCCGUCACACAGCCGAAAUCCGCGACGCCACCAUAG